UUAUAAACACUUAAACCUACACAAUCAGAUAAUAUUCUUUUUUGAACAUUGUGAUCAAAAAAUUAUAUUAACGACAAUAACUUUAUUAUUAGAAAUAUGAAAAGCAUAUUUUCAAUAUAACAACUUCAAUUUUAUACAAUAACUUUUAUAUUAGAAAACAACCGACUUAUUAAAUUUCACACCGUCCGAUCAUGUCCAACCUUACCUUUAUUUCCACUCCAGUCUUUUCACUUUGUCUAUUCAGCUUUAAAGAGAGAAAAGAUGUUGGUUUUUUCAGUUUGAUUCAUCUAAAGAAUAUACAGCAAUUUGUAUGUGUGAAUUAUGAUUGAGGAAACGUGCACAAGCGGAUGUGAAAGCACUGAAGAGGUUUCCACAAUGGAGGUUCCAAAUUCCCAUGGAGACGUGCGGCGGAGUAGAGAUACAGAUGUUUCGAGCUCCGGCACCGGUAAGAGAAGAAGAUUGGAUUCUCAAGCUCAGGAGAAUGUUUUUCAGCUUCAGUUUCAGUCUCGAAGUGAAAUUGGCUUCAAUUUCCAUGAGAAUGUUGUUUUGACGGCGGAGUCCGGUGUUUCUGAUCAUGUUUCGUCGUUUAUCUGCUCUAUCAAUGAUGAUUCGAGACCAGAUCUGAAGGCGGAAUGUCUUUCCGAAACCGAAAUCUUCAUGUCCAGUAACGACGGUUUCAGUAGAGAGACAUCUGCAUCAAGCGUGGUUUCAUUAGAAUCAGAAGAAAUGGAGUCAUUAUCCACAUCUACUCCAAAGAAUAAGAAGAAGACCGCAGCUGCAAACGAAGCUACUUCCGGUCGUAAACCACCACCGGAAAAGUCUCCUUCUCCGGCUGAGCUUGAAGAAUUUUUCUCGGAAGCGGAAAAGUACGAACAGAAACGUUUCACAGAAAAGUACAACUAUGAUAUCGUGAAAGAUGUUCCAAUGGAAGGAAGGUACCAAUGGGUUCGAUUAAAGCCAUAAUCGAUGGAUCCAUGACCUGUCAAAUUGAAGACAUAUCAUCUAGUUCUUGAUUCUUUCCCACUUCUACUAAUUUCGAAUUGUAAUUUCUGUAACUAUUUUCCCUUUUGGGGUUUGUUAUCACAACAAUUUAGCCUUUAUCUCG